AUGGAAGGCGUGGUGGAGAACACAAACAAGAUCAUUACGUUGAUUGGCGACGGCUGGCUGGUGGAAAAGUCGGCAUUUGGGGCACUCAAGGUGGUGGAUGACCGUCUGGCCAUUCUGGAGAAGAAUCAAAAGGCCUAUGAGGAGGCUUUGGAGACAGCCAAGUUCGAGAAGGAGGGCCUACCUGUGUUUGAGAUUCGAGAGGAGCUGGACGACAAGGGAAAUAUUGUAAGCUCAUCUGUGGAGGAGUUUGAUACCGGUAAAGCUGCUAAUCUUGAGAGGGUUAUCAACUCCAUGGGAGACCGGAAGAACAAAGAGAUCAGCCAUGACAGCGACAAGAUGGAUGAAGACGACGAUGAGAUGGACACAAAGGAGGAUGAUCUGGACGACAGCUUCGACGGUGCAUCUCUGCCUAUGAUGGAGAUUAGAGAAGAGCUAGACGACGACGGGAACAUCAUCGAGAGUAAAGUGGAGGAGGCUGGAAAUGAGGACACAAAUGAGAUUGAGAAGCAUCUGAAGCUGCUCAACGAGCUAGCCAAAAAGAAGUUGGAUGCAAAGAGUACUACAGAGCCUGCUGUCAACCCCGAAGCUGCUAAAUCUACCAAACCAGAAACUGCUAAACCCAUCUAUGGUCCUCCUCCGCCCCCCAACUAUGGUCGAAAGGUUGGAGGCGGCAUUUUCAAGCCCCAAGUUACUCCUGGAGUGCUGCGACAGCAGAGUCCCAAGAUUGAGGAACUUAACGACGAAGAAGAACAAGUGGAGGACGGCAAGGAUAACAAAAAGACUACAGAGCCCGAAAAGGAGAAGGACAAUAGUCCUACAAUCACCGAUGUCACGGAAGAUGACUCCAGUGACUCUCUUUCCAGCUUGCAGUCGUCUAACUCGUCUAUCACUUCUAACCCUGCUGUUGCGCCCGAGUCGCUUCUUGAACUGGAGCUGCUAGCUGACGAUGCUAUGGACGAAGAGGAGGACGAUCUGGAAGCCGAUGACGACGACUGGGACUUUGAAGACGACGAGUUAGACGACGUGGAGGCCGACGAAGACGACCAUGGGCGUACCCGGGGUUCCAUGUUCCCAGGAAUGUCUCAGGAUCAACUGAGAAGCAUUAUGGAGGGCAGAAAAACCGCUGCUGCUGAGUCGAGACCUCCUGCUGCUUCUAUCGUGUCUGAUAUCACCGAAUCACCCCAGCCCGUUUCUUCACCAGUUCCUACUACUGCUGCUGUUCCAAAGAGCAGUUUGAAGUCUGCAUCUUCCAAACCCAAGUCUGUAUCGUUUUCCAACAAUCUACAUAUCAAACGAAUUCCCAACAAGGAGACCAUCAAGAACCAGGAACGUCAGGAGAUGAAGAAGCAGCAGCAACAGAGCAGAUUCAAGCAGGAGCUGGCCCGGAAGGCCCCUGAACCUGAAGAUGACGACGAUGAAGAUCAUAUUACCGUGCCUACUGUCUCCGAUAUUGCUGAACGAGCUGCCCCAGAAGACCCUGUGACUGCCCCUGCUCCUCCCAAGAAGAUGUCGCGAUUCAUGAUGGCUCGAAUGGGUAAAGAUGAGGCUCUUGCGCCCAAACAGUCCCGUGAUACCCAAUCACAUGAUCAGACAAACCCCAAGGAUGGACGCGUCAUAAGAGGCAUCCCCAGUGUUGGUGCUACUUUCCCACCUACUCUUGACAAAGAUAUUGCUGACUACACAGAGUCAAUGAAGCUGACCCCCCGACCGGCUUCUCAGGGACACGGCCAUGCACAUGGGCAUGUGAGAUCACGAGCAAUUUCUGGGAAUGUUUCUGAGCCAGCUCCAGCCGAGGAGAACGCCCCUUCCAAGGUUUUCAUCAAGGCUCCAGUGUCUGGACUUGCUCAAGGCAAGACUAACGACGAGCCUCGACCUCUGACCGAUAGCGACAAGGAGCACGAUGACGCCAUCAUGAAGGAGGUCAUGUCGUAUCUUGCUGAAAAUGAGGAUGAGGAGGCUUUCGAGCAGCUGCAUCAGGACAUGGACGAGUCUAAGCUGGCUGAGGAGCUGUAUAGACAGAGGGCCCAGAAUCACAAUGCUGCUGUUCAGCGAGGGCUCGAAAGUAUGGCCGAUGUUGACGUGGAUGAUGGAGACGACGAUGAGAUGGAUUUGGACGAUGAUAUGGCUGAUGCUGGCGACAGAGUUGAUGCGGAGAACGACGAGAAUGCACAGGUCAUGAAUGAUAUCGUUGAGAACGAUAUUGAUGAUCCUUCGAAAGACAUUAUUCAGGGAGAUCUCGAUAUGGAUCCUGCCGUGCAUCGACGGGAGGUUGCCGAGCACUACUACCGGCUGCGAAACAACAUGGUUGCCAAGAAUGGCGGGUUUAUGAAAUCCGACGGUGAAAAGGCCGCCGAGGAGUGCGAUGAGAAUGCCGCUCCCAUCAAAAUGUCUCGAUUCAAGGCUGCCAGAAUGAACCGAGGGCAGUAA